ACGAGGAGCACGAGGCGGGCGGGGCGCGGGGCGUCCCACGUUCAGCCCCGGGAAUUCCCUCGGGUCCAAGGUGUGCUCGGGUUGACGACGUGCUCGGGCCAGUGCCUGUGCUGUCCGGGUGCCGGACCAACAAACACACCAUAGGAGCUUUGUGGAUUCAAAGGAUUUGCUUUCGCUUCUGAAAGAGCCGCUAUUCUUUGAUGAUUGGGUAGCGGCAAACUUCAAAGCCAUAAAUCUUCCCUCUGACUGGCUGGCGGCCCAGCAAAGUCCUUAUCAAAUUCUUGGAGGUGAGCCUGAAGCGCUCAGACCGCUCGCGGGGCGAGCGAGCGGGUUGUGGCGAGGGCCGCGGGCGGGGAGGGCCCCGGCGCGCAGAGAGGGCGCCCGGGAGGGACGCUAAGGCGGCCCUUCGUCCUCGCCUUCGGGUCUCCAUGCCUCAGCAGCGCCCUGCUCCUCAGCCAACGGCCCGCAAGCCAUAGCCAUGGCCGCCGUGGCCGUCCUCCGGAACGACUCGCUGCAGGCCUUCCUCCAGGACCGCACCCCCAGCGCCUCCCCGGACCUGGGCAAGCAUUCGCCCCUGGCGCUGCUAGCCGCCACCUGUAGCCGAAUCGGCCAGCCGGGCGCUACGGCGCCCCCGGACUUCCUGCAGGUGUCCUACGACCCCGCGCUGGGCUCGCCCUCCAGGCUCUUUCACCCGUGGACCGCCGACAUGCCGGCGCACUCGCCCGGCGCGCUGCCAUCCCCGCACCCCAGCCUGGGGCUGACGCCGCAGAAAACGCACCUGCAGCCGUCCUUCGGGGCGGCGCAUGAGCUGCCGCUUACACCCCCUGCAGACCCCUCGUACCCCUACGAGUUCUCACCGGUGAAGAUGCUGCCCUCGAGCAUGGCGGCGCUGCCCGCCAGCUGCGCGCCCGCCUACGUGCCCUACGCGGCCCAGGCCGCGCUGCCGCCCGGCUACUCCAACUUGCUGCCGCCGCCCCCGCCGCCUCCGCCGCCCACGUGCCGCCAGCUGUCCCCCAACUCGGCCCCCGACGACCUCCCGUGGUGGAGUAUCCCGCAGGCCGGCACCGGUCCGGGAACCUCGGGGGUUCCGGGGGGCAGCCUCUCUGGCGCCUGUGCGGGGGGGCCCCACGCGCCCCGCUUCCCGGCCUCAGCGGCCGCCGCUGCCGCCGCCGCCGCGCUGCAGCGGGGCCUGGUGUUGGGCCCGUCGGACUUCGCGCAAUACCAGAGCCAGAUCGCUGCGCUGCUGCAAACCAAGGCCCCCCUGGCGGCCACGGCCAGGAGGUGCCGUCGCUGCCGCUGCCCCAACUGCCAGGCGGCGGGCGGCGCCCCGGAGGCAGAGCCGGGAAAGAAGAAGCAGCACGUGUGCCACGUGCCGGGCUGCGGCAAGGUGUACGGCAAGACGUCGCACCUGAAGGCGCACCUGCGCUGGCACACGGGCGAACGGCCCUUCGUGUGCAACUGGCUCUUCUGCGGCAAGAGCUUCACGCGCUCGGACGAGCUGCAGCGGCACCUGCGGACUCACACGGGCGAGAAGCGCUUCGCCUGUCCCGAGUGCGGCAAGCGCUUCAUGCGCAGCGACCACCUCGCCAAGCACGUCAAGACGCACCAGAAUAAGAAGCUCAAAGUUGCUGAGGCCGGAGUCAAGCGGGAGGACCCGCGGGACCUGUAAGCCCACCCGGGGGCGACUCGAUGCCUCUCCCGCCUCGGGCUCCCUACCCAGCACCUCUUCGGAGAGGUUCCGGGGGCCUAUGGGCCGCCGGCCGAGAGGAGACCCAACAGAGGCACUUAACUUGCCCCUUCCUGCUUGCCCGCCUCCCAAAAGUGACGCCAGGCCGCCAGCUCCCUGGCCGGCCUGCGGACAGGGACCGUGUGCCCAGGAAGAGCAAGGGAGGUAGGGUUGAGAGCUCUGCGUCACGAAAGAGCAGUUUCAGGCUCUGAACCACUCCCACCAUCUGGGAGACCUACAAUUUGGGGGAACUACCCUGGGCUGACCUUUGUAUAUAGGAAACGCUGCUGAAAUCAAAGCGGAAGAACCUUGAGAGAUUUGAAAUAGUGCUGGGUUUUUUGCUAGGACUGGGCCGGGCUUUGUACAGGUUAUUUAAUAGCUUUCUUAAAGAAUAAUUAUAAUAAUUAUAACAUUAAUUAAAAUGUUACUUUUGUCCUCAGCUCCAUGCAGAGCUACAGCAUGAAAUGUCUCUGUAAAGCAAUCAGCAGUUGCAGCCUGAAAAUAAAUACG